AUGCGCAGUUUAUUGGAUGGCAUUACUUCCGCACUGCGGAUUCCACAGCAGCAGCAACAGCAGCAGCAACAGCAAAAUGAACAAUCGUCUCAGGACCCCGUGGGUGGUACGGGCGUUACCGUCGUUCCGUCAUAUCAUCAGGGAGGCUCCACUGGUGCAAGAACAGCGGGUUCUCUUCCGGGAUCUUCGUUAUACGGCGGCAGUAACAUCUCUUGUUCGUUUGCGGCGGAGAAGUUACCCGAUUUGCCCUUCACGAUGCUUCUGUUGACGCAGAACAUUGGGUGUAUUUGUUCCAGAUGUGAUGGUGGGAAUGGAGAAGAAGAGGUCGCUGGCGGUGGUCCAGAGACGGCAACCAAAAAGGGAAUAUCCGACGCUGUGCGGACGCGUGUAGCGGAUUUUUUGUUGGAGCUUCGCCUUUUGAUUCAUGAGGCGAGUAGCCGUGAAUUUGUCUUACACCUUCGAAAGGAGAAGUUGAAUGCGGAGGGCGGCGCAUCGUCAGCGGCGGAUGCCGGCAGUCCCAGCAGCGAGGUGCCGCCGCUGCUUGACGUUAUUGUUGUGCACUUUCAGGAGAUUGGUGGGAAGGGGGCAAAUACCGCGUUUAACGCCUUUUUUGCGGAGGCUCUGAAGACUUUGCUGCCGGAGGCGGCGUGGUCGUCGGGUCUUCUCAUGGAGACGAACAGCGACAUGCAGCGAUUUACGGCUUUGGGGUCGAUUGUGUUCUUGUCGUCUCGCAUGUGCCCGAUCAGUAGUAUUCUUUCGUUCCGACACCGCACGUUUGUUGCUGUUGCCGAUGAUCCUGCGACGUACGGCAGCUCACCGACAUUCCUCUUUCACGGUGGCAAAUUCUCGGGUGCGGGAUCGGGUCGCAAGGGAUUUCUGCUGACUUCACUGCGCUUUGGCACGGUGGUGGUAAAUUACCUCAACGUCCAUUUAUAUCAUGACAGCCGAAACACCGAUGCUGCAAUGACAAGCCCAAGUCUGUACUCGGUGCAACGUCAGGAGGCGCUUUUGGAGGCGAUGGCAGAAUGUAUGGUUUUUAUUUCGCCAGAGGAUCCGCUGUUUAUUUUUGGAGACUUUAAUGCCCGCCUGGACACUCACAACUUGCUGAAGCACCUUAAGGAGACUCAACAGAUAGACGUCAAAAUAUUGGUAAAAGAAGUACAGGCACCGGAUAGAUUUUGGGAACUUUUUACGGAACCGCAAAACGCGGGAAUGAUAAAGAAGUUUGAUUUGGAGCUGCAGCGUUUGAUGGAUGUGGUGGCACAACAGAGCGGUGUGGAGCUGGCAGAGUUCGCCAUUCGUUUUCCUCCAACGUUCCCACGUAUUCCUGAGAGGGAAUUCGCGAAAAGCAAUCAGAAGCAACAAAUUGAGAUGUCGGGUGGUAAUGUAGAGGCGAGUGAAUAUGGAGUCAAGGACGAUGAUCCAAAGUUAGGGAACGAGAGGAGAAAAAAAGCGGCGAGAAAAGAGAAAGGCACUGGUGAGGCAAAGCCAUCACUUGUGCUUCCCCGUAUUACAGCAAUACCCACGCGCGGAUACACCCGUCGGCGCAUUCCUGCCUGGUGCGAUCGUGUCGUUUGGAACCCUGCCGGGCUGGAACUCAUGACGGGACAGCGCUCUUUGCCCCCCUCCGUUUCAUCUGCUCUUGUCAAGAGUGAUGGGGCCACGGAUUCUUCACCUCGGUACGCCUAUCGUUCUUUUGUACUUGCUCACACGGACCAUGAUUGCGUGGGGUUGCUGUUUUGA